GAAGAGGUAACACUGCUCGAUGCAUAUGAUGACCCAUAUAUGAUGAUGAAGAAUAAACAGUAUCUGACAAUAACACACGAGUGCAAUGCCACCCUUAGCAGGAUCUGAAUUGGUGAAGACACCAGUCCACCUUUAUCGUUACCUCCUGAGAUGCUGCAAGCAAUUACCGUCGCCUGGAAUGCAGCAACAUUACCGUCAUGCUAUUCGACAGGGAUAUAAUAGUCAUAAGGAUGAAGAUGACCCUGAGAGAAUACAAACUAUUAUACACCGGUCUUUAGCGGAUGCUGACUGGAUCCUUGAUAAGUAUACAAAGAAGAAGUGAGCUACUCAAACUGGAAAUCCGUACUCGAGCUGUUUUGUAAAAUACCAGAUGUUCUGCUUUAAAUAUACAGGUCGGUGUUUGACUUGCCUGACAGACAUUUCACUUGGUCCCAUUUCCUUGCAGAAAGCGAAAGGAGAUACAACAGUUUCAGAUCUUUCAAGGGCCAAAAGAUUAAUAUAACGUCACACCAUUAUCUCUAAUCUAGUAUGAAAGUGUUGGGACUAAAAUGUGUCAAAUAAAUAACUAAAUAACCCAGAUAAUCUGUUUGAAGUGGUGAAAUGUAUGAUAUAGAACUUUUUAAAAUUGGAUAUGAUGCAUGCUCCAUUUAAACCUUGUACAGGUUGGAAUAUAAAUAAAUGAUGCUAAACACUUGGAGAA